AUGAAUCAUCUGAAGAACCUCAGACUCCGUGGUCAGCAUCAUAACUUCUACGCAACAGCAUCGUCGAUGGCAUCAACUACAAAGAUUGACAUUCUUCAUCACAAAGAUAAUUUAAUUGGCCGUCCGUCUGCAUCUCGUGAUCUUGCUCAGUUCAUCUGUAAGAUAAAUCAUCUGAAGAACCUCUCACUCCACGGUCGUUAUGUUGACUUCUACAUAACCGUGUCAUCAGCAUCGUCGAUGGCAUCAACUACUAAGGAUGACUGCAACACGAGCUCAAAUGUGACCGAUCUGACCGUUACUGAUUAUGCACUAGAAAGAUCGCAGGAUUGUGGUUCGAUGUUUGACAAUGUGAAGACGAUCACCAUACAGGUAAGCGGCACAGUCAAAUGUGACGUCAUCCAGUGGAUCCAUCUACCAGCAGCGACUGAGUUCACCAUUCAAGCAUAUGAGUAUGCCUACGGCCCUACUCCUCUCCAAGAUGAUCCCACCUCACUACCCAAUGCUCUCCACAAGGUCUCAUCUCAACUUGUCAAGGUCACAUUCAGAGAUCUCAACAUCGGUAACAAUAAGACUAGAGGCAUCAUUCAAGCUUUCAGAUCAUCGAACGACCUCAAACAUCUGAAGAUCCUAAGAUUCAUGCGAUGUGGGACUAAUGAGAGAUUAGAUCCUUCUAGUAUUGAUUCCGAUGAUGAACAUAGAAUAAAGGUGGAGAUAGUACAUGGCAAACCAGUUGGGUGAGUCAUGUGACCUCGUUUUAUGAAACGUGUCGCUU